AUGGCAGCUCUACUACUACAGUCUAUAGCUGCAGAUGGCGAAAAGCUCCUUCAGACAGGAGACAACUUAGCGAGGCAAGCUCUGAUAGCUUCAGCAAGUGCACUUAUUCAAGAAUUAGAGAACCCGGGAGAACAACUUGCAAGGAUUGGCUGGGGAGAGCCUACCCGAACUGCUGCACUAAGAACUCUCUUCGAUCUGAAAAUACUCCAAAAACUUGGACAGGCCCCUCAAGGAAGCGAGCAGUUAGCAGCUGGCACGGAAGCCGACCCAAUUUUAGUUGCUCGAGCUCUGAAGCAUCUCGCAGCCAACGGAAUUAUUAAAGAAGUUGGCCGAGAGCAAUAUAUAGGAACGCCAUUUUCUAUGUCAACCAGGGACCCAACUGUGGAGGGUGGCCUGAUCUACAGCUUUGAAGGCAUGAUACCAACAUUUCAAGGUCUUCCUGAGUUUCUCGCAAAGACAAAAUAUCAGAUUCCCAAGGAUGAAAACAACUCACCUGUCCAACAUGGUUUAAGGACCGACAAGCCCUUCUUCAGUAUUCUAAAAGACAACGCUCGCCUAGGAUCCGCUUUCAACAGUUUCAUGACUGGAUACGCUAAAGCUAGACCUCGCUGGAUUGAUUUCUAUCCAUAUAAGGAGCGACUUGGGGAGUUCAAAGCUGAAGAUAGCAGUGCUCCUUGGAUAGUGGAUGUAGGUGGUGGCCUUGGCCAUGAAAUGUUGGGUCUAGUUUCAGGAGACACUAAGCCGCCAGGAAGAUUGGUAUUGCAAGACUUGCCUUCAGUUAUUGCUGAGGCCAAAUCUAGUGGCAGUGUCCCCGGUACCAUCGAAACUGUUGCUCAUGAUUUCUUCACUCCUCAACCAGUUGAAUACCACGGCGCAAAAGCAUACUUUAUGCGUCUUGUUCUUCACGACUGGCCUGAUGUUGAGUGCGCCACUAUCCUAUCCCAUUUACGAAACGCUAUGAUCAAGGACUAUUCUCGGCUUAUUAUCAACGAAACCGUCUUGCGAGAUGUUGGAGCGCCCUGGCAGCAGACGAGUCUUGACUGGACAAUGAUGGCUAUGUUGGUCAGUCGUGAGCGAACAGAGAGUCAAUGGCAUAGUCUGCUCGAAAACGCAGGACUCAAGAUUACCAAGAUAUACCAACAAGGCCCGGAAAACGUGAUUGAAGCUACGUUAGCGUAA